CGGAGAGGGAGGAGGCGGCGCCGGAGGAGCCUCACAGGCCGUGGCCUCAGCCUGAGGGUGGGGACAGUGCGGGCCCGCUGAAUGUGGAGCGGCUGCUCCUGACCCUCUGCCUCACCCACCUGCUGUACGUUUACUACGUCUUCGCUAUACUUUACUUGUGCUGAUUCUGACAUCAGUAAUGACCGACCAGUCCGCUCUGCUCCUCAGGAAACAGCUGGCAGAACUAAACAAGAAUCCAGUGGAUGGAUUUUCUGCCGGUUUAAUAGAUGAUGACGACAUAUACCGAUGGGAAGUUGUUAUCAUUGGCCCGCCAGAUACUCUUUUUGAGGGUGGAUUCUUCAAAGCUCACCUGACUUUUCCGAACGACUAUCCUUUGCGGCCUCCAAAGAUGAAUUUCAUCACAGAAAUCUGGCAUCCAAAUGUUGGCAAGAAUGGUGAUGUAUGCAUUUCAAUCCUGCAUGAGCCUGGUGAGGAUAAAUUUGGCUAUGAGAAACCGGAGGAACGUUGGCUACCCAUUCACACUGUAGAGACCAUUCUCAUCAGCGUCAUCUCUAUGCUUGCUGAUCCCAACAGUGACUCACCUGCUAAUGUUGAUGCUGCAAAAGAAUGGCGAGAUGAUCCUUGUGGUGAAUUCAAGAAAAAAGUUGCUCGGUGUGUAAGAAAAAGUCAAGAAAUGGCAUUUGAGUAAAUUCUUCUUCCAACUUUGUGGAGUCAUGAGAGAGAACGUACCUCUCUUCUCACAAUCGCUGCCCAUUUCACAAUGGACGGCAGCCUGCAGCUCAGAAUUCUACGCGAAUAUGCUUGGAUACAAACAAAAAGCCCUCUCCGCAGAGAAAUACCCACUCAGAACUGUGACCCUGCAACUGACAUCAACAAAAAAGUUCAAUAUACCUUGAGUUUCAUCUGUUAUUUUCUACUCUUGCCAUGAAUUAUUUUUAUAUGUUUAAGUAUAUUUUGGACUGCUGGGGAAUCUGUUGUGUUAAGCGAGGCUUGUCUUUGUAUUUAAGAUUGCUGCUGUGUUUGCCUAAAAGUAAUUCACUGAAUCAUUAUAUCGUAUUAUGCAAAAAAAAAAUCAUCUGGAUGCAGUAAUAGUUCAGGGCUCAGGGCAAUUAGUGAUGAUGCAAAUUACCUUCCAAGUUCUCCUUAAAGCCAUUUUAUUGCUGUUGCAGUUUCAGGAAAUGCAGAGGCAGUUGACAUUACUGCAUUUGCCAUAUAUUUGAAAAUUAUAUGCAAGACUUAUUUUUGCUUUAUCUAUACAUUUAGAAUAUAAUAAGGAGACAGAUGGGAUGUUAAUAGCUGUGUUUCUUGCUAAAAUGAUAGUAAAACUAUUAAUCUUUAACUCUCUUACAUUAUUUUCAUAUUUGUUCUGAGCCUAAUAAACCAAAUUUAUUGUGGAAAUUUUGUGUCACUAAUAGUUCUGUCUGUCAAAAUCAUAAAAGCAUGAAUAUAACAAGGCAGACAAAACAAGUGGCAAAUGCAGUUAUAAAAACUCCAAGAUUAAUUUGGAAUUCCAGUAUUUUAAAAUACAAAUUGUUUUUGAUUUAAAUGGAAAAUGAAUCCAAAAUGAAUUGAAUUUUGAAAUUAAAAUUAAUUCUUUUUAAACAUUGGAUUUAUUUUAGAACUGAGGAAUAUUAGAUAGAUUAGAUUCCUCACUUGCAGUGUGCCAGCUUAGUAAUGCUCUUUCAAAUCUGAUGGUUUUUGGAUUUUAAAUUUGAACUCCUGUGGUCUACCUUUUCAGAGCACCAUCUGAGACAGCAAUGUCCAGAAUGAAUCUUUGAAUGUAAGGCUAAUCUAAAAAAUCAAUUACAUAUUUAUAGUUUGACUCAACUGGUCCAUAGCAGUGUUUUCCAUUGCAGCUCAACUGGAUUUUUAAAAUUGCAUAUUAUUUGGAGAGGCAAUUUAGCUAUUAUUCCUCUCUGAUCAAACAUCGCAGUUACAUUGAACAACUGUUUAUUAGUAUUUGAAACUGUACUUAUGCAAAGUAGGCUCCCUUGUCAGUUAUACCAUUUGUCAAUUAUUAUUUGUGCAUUCAUUAAUGAAUGUUCAACUUCUCUGUGUACACUUAAUUUAAUCGUAAUAUUUCUAAUGAGGGAAUUGCCUUUAUCCUAGAAUCUUUUCUACUUGUAGGAAAGGUUCAAGCUGUUCUGGAAAAUGUUAUCUGUUUCCAAAUUAUUGAUUUUUUUUUCAUCAGUAAAACAGAAUUCACCCUUUGUCCUUCUAAUGUCUGUCCUCAUAAUUACUCUCCCAUCACUCCUGAGUUCUCGUGUGUUCUGACACUUUGACUUCGAUUCUGCAAACCAGUCUUCAAAACUCCAUGGCAAGACCAAUUUCUCUGCUCCCCACUGCUACCAUAAAACACUAUUGGCCUUGUCUCAAUCUAUCAUUUUGAUUAUUAAACUGAAACCUUGUGACACUGCUCAUCCAAUGAAUGUGACUUUCCAAAAUUUUAGUUUCAUCUCUCAACAGUAAAUUGCAUCUAACACAAUAACCCUCAUUUUUUUUGAAUCUUAAAAAUUAAAGUGUAUAGAUGCUGGAAAUACAAGUUUGUGCAAUAUUUUGACAUUGUUCCUAGUUGACUGACUUUUCAAAAUUUAUCUAGCAAUGAAACCUGAAUCCAACUGAUAUUAUUACUGGAACUCUGUUUCCUGACCAUGGUCUGCUACAUGCUGCUGCAUUUCCAACUGUACUCUAUAUUUCCAAAUGCAGGCCUUUUGAAAAUUCUCAUGCUGCACCCACUUCAUUUUUACCUAAUUGCCUUACAUAAAAAAACAUCAAGUUGGACAUGACUAUUUACUGCAUUUGUUGUCUGUCCUUGUUUGAUUCAGCCACUUCCAAAUGCUUUUCAAAAUCUGAUUCUGAACCAAGGAUUCUAAGAGGUAUCAGGCUGUUCUUGGUUAACUGAUUUAGUUUCUGUCCUUGAACUUUGAAUUGAGCCCAGAGCUUUCUUUUGUACUAACACCUUGCGUACAGGAGGGAGUAUUUGAUUUCCUCUAUGCAUUCUUUUUUACCAUUUGUGGACUCUGAUGUACAGUAUUUGUUAUCUCCUCUAUAUAAUUUUUAACCUGAGCUUUUUUCAUGUAGUCUAUUUAAGAAAUCUUAUUUCUAGGUUUGAAAGUAUUAGGUAAAAUCUUCUAGCGAUAAGUUUUAUCGCAGGACAUUGGAAAGAUGGUUAAGAUGACUUCAAAUUACAAUAUAAAUUACAAUUACUCAGUACCAAUAGCAGCAGGUAAUCUACAAAUCAGAACUAGACAUCCAACAAUGCCUUAUUAUUGUAGUCUUAUUAAUCUUAUAGCAGCCAGGAUUUUUUUUAAAGAAUAAUCCUAUGGGAGAGUGUUUGCCCAUGGAUUAAAAAUGCCAAAAUUAAGCUAAGCAUACAUUUGGAAGAAUGGUUGGUACAAUGAGGGACAAUAGAUAGGAUCACCACCAAUUUCAGUUAAUUAUGCAUUUCUCCUCCUGUUGAACAGUGCCUUUAGUUUAACAGACCAACUGUUGAGAUUUCCCUCCCCAACACCCAUCACAGCCCUCAAAGAUCUUUAAACCUCACCUUUUUGGCCAAAUAGUUUGGUUAUUUCUCCUUUCACAUGCUCUUUAUCUUCAGUACAUAAAUUAAGUACCUUGAGAUGUUUUCUACAUUAAAAAUUGAUCAUAAUGCAAGUUCAUUAUUUUUAUUCUAUUCCAGCAAGAUUAAAGUGUAAGGAAUAUGCUUAUAUUUGCUCAAAUAAAAUGGGUACAUUUAAUUCUUAAGUCUUAAAAGUUAAAUUUACAAAGCCAGCUCCGGUUUAUAUUUUUUUAAAAAAUGCAUCAACAUGCAGCAAAUGUAUUUACAAUUAUCAAGUGUAAGGGACUAAAGUGACUGUUACUCUGAACACUUGUGCAUGUAACCUUAUGAAAUUUACCUGGAUUAUGAGGAAUAAAGCUUUUGUUGCAAGGAC